AUGCAAAACGAACGCGGCCAAGGCAUCUCCCACGCGACAGGCGACUCUAAAGUCCCGGAGACAGUACAAAAGAAGGCCCCGCAAGGCCUCGAGGAGUCUCUUCCAAACAAAGUCCACGACACAGGCUCCGGCACAGGCCGUCAAACGCACGCCAAGGACGACGGCGACGCAUCGAUCGUGCCUUUGGGACUGCAGAAGGCUGUGCCUGAGAAGCUGGAGAGGGCGUUGCCGAAUGCGAUUCAUGAUACUGGGGACCACGGGGGUUUGCAUAGGAAUAAAAAGUAG